AUGUUGGUUGGCAAUGGACUUGUUUUUAGAGAACUUGAAUAUUCAAAUUUAUUUAUCGAAACAUUUGCAUUUCUAGGCACGAGCGAAUUAAUCAAAGAGACUUUACUAAGUCCUGAAAUCAUUUAUGCUAAAGGCUCUAAAUAUAUUAGAAGUUUAUUGACGUCAUCGUCUUCAUUGUCGAGGAUUCUUUAG